CUCCUACUUAUUAAUCUGCUGUGAGUUCGUCCCCAACUUCACCCAAACCUCGAAGAGCAGUGAAACUAUGGCUACCGGACCUCCCCUUGCCUUAUCUCAAUCACGAGCGCUUCUCAUUCUCUUAGCCAUUGUAUUAGUCGUGCUCCGAGCCGCCCCUCUAGCUCAAGCACUCUCUCUCGAAGAAGCGAGCGCGCACGAUCUACAACUCGCUUUUAGGCAAAACAAACUCACCUCAAGGCAGCUGACCAAGUUCUACAUCGACCAGAUUCGUAGACUCAACCCGCUCCUCAGAGGGGUCAUAGAGGUGAACCCGGAUGCGCUGCGCCAGGCCGAUAGCGCGGACCGAGAACGUAAGGCGAAGCCACGUGGCUCGCUCUCUGCCUUGCACGGGAUCCCUAUACUGCUCAAGGAUAACAUAGCCACCAAAGACAAGAUGAACACCACGGCGGGCUCACUCGCACUUCUCGGCUCUGUCGUGCCUCGCGAUGCUGGUGUGGUGGCUCGGCUGAGGAGGGCCGGAGCCGUGUUGCUGGGGAAGGCGAGCUUGAGCGAGUGGGCUCACUAUCGGUUUUCUGGUGAUUACAGUGGAUGGUGUGCCAGGAGCGGCCAGGGAAAGAAUCCAUACAAUCUAUCGGCGGAUCCUUGUGGGUCAAGCAGCGGGUCGGCCAUAUCCGUGGCAGCGAAUAUGGGGGCGGUGUCGUUGGGAACAGAGACGGACGGCUCAAUCUUGUGUCCCUCCAGUUAUAACUCAGUGGUGGGCAUCAAACCCACCCUUGGCUUGACGAGCCGAGGUGGGGUUGUCCCCAUCACUCCCAGACAGGACACUGUUGGGCCAAUGUGCAGGACUGUUGCAGAUGCCGUCGACGUCCUCAAUGUCAUUGUAGGGUUCGAUCCUUAUGAUGCUGAAGCCACGGGAGAAGCGUCGAAGUACAUCCCGAGAGGGGGCUACAAGCAAUUUCUCAAAGCCGACGGGCUCAAAGGCAAGAGACUCGGAAUCGUUAGGACCCUUUACUUCGACUACCUCUCAGGACCUGGAGUCGCCAAAGCAUUUGAGAGCCAUUUUAGCACCCUGAGGAAACAAGGUGCUGUAGUGUUGGACCACUUGGAACUGGCCAACAUCAGUGAAAUCUACUCUAAUAGCGGUGAAGAUGUAGCGAUGUCGGCCGAGUUCAAGUUAGCCCUGAAUACUUACCUUCGAGAUUUGGUCGUCUCACCAGUCCGAUCCCUCGCGGAUGUAAUUGCCUUCAACAAGAAGCACAAGCGUGAGGAAAAGAUCGAUGAGUACGGUCAAGACUUGUUCCUCACUGCGCAAGCCACGAAUGGGGUCGACAAGGCCGUGAAAUUGGCACGGCGAAAAAUGGACAAAUUGAGCCGAGGCGGGUUUGAGAAGUUAAUGAGGCAGAACAAGUUGGAUGCAUUGGUGACUCCUGGUUAUCUGGUCAGUCGGGUUCUUGCGAUCGGAGGCUUCCCAGGAAUAAACGUCCCCGCCGGAUAUGACGAGGGUGGAGUGCCCUUUGGGAUUUGCUUUGGAGGCUUGAGAGGCUCCGAGCCUACGCUCAUUGAAAUCGCUUACGGGUUCGAGCAAGCCACCAAGAUCAGGAGGCCUCCUCCGUUCAAGCAGUGACCGCUGAUGAUUAUCGAGUUAAUGUAUGUGUUUCGGUCCGAGCUCUUGCGUGUGUGGUGCUUCUCUGUUAUUGGAUUAGAUCCAAGUGACGAAGCAACAAAGGAAUAAGCAGCCGCGUUCAUACCGACUGGCGGUGAAUAAAAGUUACAGGGAUUAAGAA